AUGAAGUCGGGCCCGGAGAUCGUCAAGGCCGGGCUGCGCUCGUUCUUCGAGGGCGCUUGCCGAGGACCUGGAGAAGCUGGGGGAGAGCCUGCGGCUGGGGCAGUGGAUGACGUCCAGGUCUCCUGCUACCGCAUCCUCAGCAGCAUCUACUCCCUGGGCAGCGGCCGGGCGCUGGGGGAGUGCCUGGCUCGGCUGGCGGCCGCCAUGCCCGUGGCCUUCCUGGAGCCCCACCUCAACCACCUCAACCCCUGCUCCGUCUACAGCACCAAGUCCGCCCGCGAGCGCGCCGUGCUGGGCCUGCCGAGCCGGGUUCAGGACCUAUGCCCGGACGUUCCGUCCCUCGAGGAGCUCAUGGGCGCCAUCGGGGCGCUGGCCGAGUCGGGGGCGCGCUACACGGAGAUGCCCCACAUCAUCGAGGUGACGCUGCCCAUGCUCUGCAGUUACCUGCCCCGCUGGUGGGAGCGCGGCGCCGAGGCGCGGCCCCAAGGGCCCUGCCCCACGGCCGUCACCAGCGCCCACCUCAACACCCUCCUGGGCAACAUCCUGCGCAUCGUGGUCAACAACCUGGGCAUCGACGAGGCCGCCUGGAUGAAGAGGCUGGCGGUGUUCGCGCAGCCAAUCGUGAGCAAGGCGAAGCCGGAGCUGCUGCGCUCCCACUUCAUCCCCACCAUGGAGAAGCUGAAGAAGAGGGCGGGGAAGGUGGUGGCCGAGGAGGAGCAGCUCCGCAUGGAGGCCAAGGGCGAGGGCGAGGAGGCCGAGCUGCUCAUCCGCGAUGAGUUCGCCGUCCUCUGCCGGGACCUCUACGCGCUCUACCCGCUGCUCAUCCGCUACGUGGACAACAGCCGGGCCCAGUGGCUGACGGAGCCCAACGCCGACGCGGAGGAGCUCUUCCGCAUGGUGGGCGAGGUCUUCAUCUACUGGUCCAAGUCCCACAACUUCAAGCGCGAGGAGCAGAACUUCGUGGUGCAGAACGAGAUCAACAACAUGUCCUUCCUGACGGCCGACAGCAAGAGCAAGAUGGCCAAGGGCCCCCCUGAGCGCCGCGCGGGCGCCCCCCGGCGUGGGGACCGGUACUCGGUGCGCACCUCGCUCAUCGUGGCCACGCUCAAGAAGCUGCUCCCCAUCGGCCUCAACCUCUGCUCCCCCGCGGACCAGGAGCUCAUGGCCAUGGCCAAGGGGCGCUACGCGAUGAAGGACACGGACGAGGAGGUGCGGGAGUUCCUGAGCAACAACCUGCACCUGCAGAGCAAGGUGGAGAACAGCUCCUCGCUGCGCUGGCAGCUGGAUCUGUACCGGGAGCUCGCCGGGAAGGCGGCGGACGCCGAGAGCCCCGAGCGCGUCGUGCGCAGGGUGCAGGAGGUGGCGGCCGUGCUCUACCACCUCGAGCAGACGGAGCACGCCUUCCGCUCCAAGAGGGCCGUGUGGCACAAGCUCCUCUCCAAGCAGCGGCGCCGCGCCGUGGUCGCCUGCUUCCGCAUGGCCCCGCUCUACAACCUGCCCAGGCACCGCGCCUGCAACCUCUUCCUGGAGGCCUACAGAGCGCAGUGGCUGCAGCCGCAGGAGCACCCCUUCGAGGACCGCAUGAUCGACGACCUGGCCCGCUCGGGGCAGGAGGAGGAGGAGGAGGAGGAGGAGGAGGAGAAGAAGCCGGACCCACUGCACCAGCUCGUGCUGCACUUCAGCCGCACGGCCCUGACCGAGGGCAGCAAACUGGAGAGCGACCACUUGUACAUGGCCUACGCCGGCAUCAUGGCCAAGAGCUGCCACAUUGAGGAGGAGGAGGAGGAAGAGGAGGAGGAGAAGGGGGAGGAAGAAGAGGAGGAUUCCUUUGAGGAGAAGGAGAUGGAGAAGCAGAAGCUGCGGUACCAGCAGGCGCGGCUGCACACGCGGGGGGCGGCAGAGAUGGUUCUGCAAAUGAUCAGCGCCUGCAAGGGCGAGCGCGGGGCCAUGGUUUCCUCCACGCUCACUGGGAUCUCCAUCCUCAACGGGGGCAACGCGGACGUGCAGCAGAAAAUGCUGGAUUACCUGAAGGAGAAGCGCGAGGUCGGCUUCUUCCAGAGCCUCCAGGCCCUGAUGCAGACCUGCAGCGUCCUGGAUCUCAACGCCUUCGAGCGGCAGAACAAGGCCAUGGGGCUGGGCAUGGUGUCUGAGGACGGCACCAGGGAGAAGGUGAUGGCCGAUGAUGAGUUCACCCAGGACCUCUUCCGGCUGCUGCAGCUGCUCUGCGAGGGCCACAACAACGACUUCCAGAACUACCUCCGGACGCAGACGGGGAACACGACCACCAUCAACAUCAUCAUCUGCACCGUGGACUACCUGCUGCGCCUGCAGGAGUCCAUCAGUGAUUUCUAUUGGUACUACUCGGGCAAGGAGGUCAUCGACGAGCACGGGAAGCGGAACUUCUCCAAGGCCAUGGCCGUGGCCAAGCAGGUCUUCAACAGCCUCACCGAGUACAUCCAGGGCCCGUGCACGGGGAACCAGCAGAGCCUGGCCCACAGCCGCCUCUGGGACGCCGUCAUCGGCUUCCUCCACGUCUUCGCCCACAUGAUGAAGAAACUGGCCCCAGACUCCAGCCAGAUCGAGCUGCUGAAGGAGCUGCUGGACCUGCAGAAGGACAUGGUGGUGAUGCUGCUGUCCCUGCUGGAGGGCAACGUGGUGAACGGCACCAUCGCCCGGCAGAUGGUGGACAUGCUGGUGGAGUCCUCGGCCAACGUCACCAUGAUCCUCAAGUUCUUCGACAUGUUCCUCAAGCUCCGCGACAUCGUGGCCUCGGACGCCUUCCGCGCCUCCGUCACCGACCCGCGGGGCCUCAUCUCCAAGAAGGACUUCCAGAAGGCCAUGGACAACCAGAAACAGUUCGAAGCCGCCGAGAUCCAGUUCCUGCUCUCGUGUUCCGAAGCCGACGAGAACGAGAUGAUCGACGUGGACGCCUUCGCCGGGCGCUUCCAAGAGCCGGCGCGCGACAUCGGCUUCAACGUGGCCGUGCUCCUCACCAACCUGGCCGAGCACGUGCCCCACGACCAACGCCUGCGCACCUUCCUGGAGCAAGCUUCCAGCAUCUUGGAGUACUUCCGCCCUUUCUUGGGCCGCAUCGAGAUCAUGGGGGCGGCGCGGCGCAUCGAGCGCCUCUACUUCGAGAUCAGCGCCGCCAACAAGGCGCAGUGGGAGAUGCCGCAGGUCAAGGAGUCCAAGCGGCAGUUCAUCUUCGACGUGGUCAACGAGGGCGGCGAGGCCGAGAAGAUGGAGCUCUUCGUGAGCUUCUGCGAGGACACCAUCUUCGAGAUGCAGAUCGCCUCGCGGCUCUCCGAGGAGCGCGGCGGCCG